GAGGGCCUCAGCUGAUUCUAGCUCCGCGGCGCAAGGCGCCACUCUGUGGCAGCUCAGCUCCCGCUAGCGUGGAGGGAUCAGCGGGAGCCUCCCUUCACCCCCAUUUCUGGGGUCACUGCCGUGAGUGAGCCCAGCGGGAGGACCUUGGGGGGUUGCAGUUCCUAAACUUUCGCCUAUACCGACGAGUGGGUGGGGAAAGCCUGAUACCUGGGCUCCUCUUAGAGCCGCGCUUCCCAGGCGCGAUCGGACCUUAACCUCCGCCUGUCCCUUCGGACAUUGCUAGGUGUCGGACUGGGUGCCGGAGACUCAGACAGGCCAGGUUUCAGAUGGGUUUUGUCUGGUGACCCUGCGUGUCCACUCCUUCCUUAAUUGGGAGCUGAUGCCCCAAAAUCCUCAGGAGAAGAACCAGGUCUACCCCCGCCGCCGCCCUGGAAGCCGCCCAGGCAAUAAGAAUCCGGGGGCCAUCUCAGCGACAGCGAUGUACACCUUCCUGCCGGACAACUUCUCGCCUGUCAAGUCCAAACCAUCCAAGGAGCUGAAGCCGCUGUUGCUCUCGGCGGUACUGGGGCUGUUGCUGGUGCUGGCGGCAGUCGUGGCCUGGUGCUACUACAGUAUCUCCCUACGCAAGGCUGAACGACUGCGAGCCGAGUUGCUGGACCUCAACAGUGGUGGCUUCUCCAUACGCAACCAGAAGGGUGAGCAGGUCUUCCGCCUGGCCUUCCGUUCAGGCACGCUAGACCUCGACUCCUGCAGCGGUGACAGCGCCCUGAUCGGCUGCUCUCGCACAGCGGAUGGGCGCCCCCUGCACUUUUUCAUCCAGACUGUUCGGCCCAAGGACACAGUCAUGUGCUACCGAGUACGCUGGGAGGAGACAGUGCCUGGGCGAGCGGUGGAGCACGCCAUGUUCCUGGGUGACGCCACGGCCCACUGGUACGGCGGCGCUGAGAUGCGGACGCAGCACUGGCCCAUCCGUCUGGAAGGCCAGCAGGAGCCGCAGCCCUUUGUCACCAGCGAUGUCUAUUCCUCUGACAGUGCUUUCGGAGGCAUCCUAGAGCGUUACUGGCUGUCCUCUCGUGCAGCUGCCAUCAAGAUCAACGCCUCAGUGCCCUUCCACCUCGGCUGGAACAGCACGGAGCGCUCGCUUCGGUUGCAGGCACGCUACCACAACACUCCCUACAAACCACCCGAAGGCCACAUGGCCGUGCCAGAGCUCAGCUACCGUGUGUGUGUCGGCUCUGACGUGACCUCCAUCCACAAGUACAUGGUGAGGCGUUAUUUCAACAAGCCGUCGAGAGUGCCAGCCCCCGAGACCUUCCGGGACCCAAUCUGGUCCACCUGGGUACUAUACGGACGCGCCGUGGACCAGGACAAGGUGCUGCGUUUCGCCCAGCAGAUUCGCCAGCACCACUUCAACAGCAGCCACCUUGAAAUCGAUGACAUGUACACACCUGCCUAUGGAGACUUCGACUUCGACCAGGUUAAGUUCCCCAAUGCCAGCGAUAUGUUCAACCGCCUGCGUGACGCCGGCUUUAGUGUCACGCUCUGGGUGCACCCGUUUGUCAACUACAAUUCCUCCAGCUUUGGCGAGGGUGUGGAAGGGGAGCUGUUUGUGCGGGAACCGACCGGCCGGCUGCCGGCGCUGGUGCGCUGGUGGAAUGGGAUCGGCGCAGUGCUGGACUUCACGCGCCCAGAGGCCCGUGACUGGUUCCAGGGACAUCUGCGGCGGCUGCGCUCACGCUAUGCGGUGGCCUCCUUCAAAUUCGACGCCGGUGAAGUCAGCUAUUUGCCGCGGGACUUCAGCACCUACAGACCGCUGACCGACCCCAGCGUGUGGAGCCGGCGCUAUACUGAGAUGGCACUGCCCUUCUUCUCACUGGCCGAGGUCCGCGUGGGUUACCAGUCACAGAACAUCUCGUGCUUCUUUCGCCUGGUGGACCGCGACUCAGUGUGGGGCUACGAUCUUGGCCUGCGCUCUCUCAUCCCUGCUGUGCUCACCGUUAGCAUGCUGGGUUAUCCAUUCAUCUUGCCAGAUAUGGUGGGUGGCAAUGCCGUGCCCGAGCGCACAGCGGGCGGCGACAAAGUUCCUGAGCGCGAGCUCUACGUGCGCUGGCUGGAGGUGGCCGCCUUCAUGCCUGCUCUGCAGUUCUCGGUCCCGCCCUGGCAAUACGAUGCCGAGGUAGUGGCCAUUGCACACAAAUUCGCUGCGCUGAGGGCCUCGCUAGUGGCGCCGCUGUUGCUGGAGCUGGCGGGUGAGGUCACCGACACAGGCGACCCCAUCGUGCGCCCCCUCUGGUGGAUAGCACCAGGCGACGAAACGGCGCACCGCAUCGACUCACAGUUCCUCAUAGGGGACACGCUGCUGGUGGCGCCAGUACUGGAGCCGGGCAAACAGGAGCGGGAUGUCUACCUGCCGGCAGGCAAGUGGCGCAGUUACAAAGGCGAACUUUUUGACAAGACUCCGGUGCUGCUCACAGAUUACCCUGUGGAUCUGGACGAGGUAGCCUACUUCAUUUGGGCAUCCUGACCCAGCCCAGGAUCCAGGACUCCCACUGUCCUCCACCCAAUCUUCAUGCAGGCCUUUAAUCCUCCAUCACAACCACACCAUGCACCCCUAGACUCUGCCUACUCACAAUGUGGAUGCUGAACUAAAUGUGCUCUAAUCAGGGGAGGGGGCAUUGAUGCAACCUUCCACUCCAGUGCACGAUUCAAACAGCUCAACAUUCUCUCUAUACUCACUCAAAUUACUGAAACCUCUUCCUUGGGAUGUGGUGAGAGAGCUGGGGAGGGGAGGGGAGUAGAGGUAGGGUACGGAGAGAAAGGUCAACUGUCUUCCUGCAACAUAUGGUUGGGUUUUAGAAGCACACAGAGAAACCUCACCCUCCAUUCUGGCUUCAAUGGCCAUUUUGUCCCAAAAUAGCCCCCUGCUACACUUAGAGAGGUCACAUUUUUUGUGUUGGAAGCUGAGCCCUGAACUGGCUUGAACUGCUCCUGUCCUGGUCCCACCCCAUUUGGUAAGAAGGGAUGGGGGUGUUUAUCUAACUGACAAGGACACAGAGGUCCAGAGAAAAGGAAGACUGGGCUCAGUGAGAAGUCAUGCUUCACGUCCCACAUUUGUGAAGAGACUCCUAGCACUACUCUGACCCUCUGGGUACACACACUGGCUACCCCCAGCCUCAUGGGCGAUGACUUGGAAGGUCAUGCUGGCUAGACUCGGUGCCUUAACUCAAGAACCUGUGUGUGUGUGUGUGUGUGUGUGUGCAUGCGCACCAGGUAUGUAUGCCCACAUGUGUGUGUGUGUGUUGUGCAUGUGAGGAGUGUUACCAUGUGUCUCUGGAUCUAUGGAAUAAACACAAACACCUCUGAGGUCAGAUAAACUAGAGGUUGGGGUUUUGUUUAGUUUUUUUUAGGUUUUGAUUGUUGAGCUAGCCCCCUCUUAGGUGACUUUAGUAGAAAAUAAACAGCCCUUUCAAGGUUCCUCAGCUGCCUCACUCCCUACACAAAUGGCAGGAUGUGGUCUAAAAGGGAAUUGCAUUCUGGCUCUGCUGGUGGCAUGCUUCAGCACAUGAAACACACACAUUAAUACCUGUGUACACACACAAAAGGUAAGGUCUUUUAUUUUAGCCAUUUUCCUUUCCUAAGAAGAGCAACCUCAGCCAGCUUCAUUUUUACUGACUUUGCAGCUGUGUCUGGAGAAAAGAACUCACCAGAGUAAGGAGGUGGGAAACAGGGCAGGGUUCACCUUCCCUCAGUAGUUGAGACAGCAGAACCUGGUCCCCUGAGCCUCUACUGAAUGCAGCCCUUUGCCAACCCCUCCACCCCCUCUAUUUGAUCAAUCAAAUAGAAGACUCAAUUGAAGAAAUGCCUAAUGAAAGUUUUGGGGCACUCACAUUCACUCACAUUUGCCAGCUUGAGUGCUGAUUCUGCCACUUAUCUACAAGUGUGUGACCCUGAGCAAGCUGCUUGAGCCACCAUUUCCUCAUAUGUAAAAUGGUGAUAAUUGUGCCUACCUCCCAGGUUGUUGUGGAAAUUAUAAGCACAGAAGUAGUAAAGUGCCUGGCACAAGUAGCUGCUCAAUAAAAGAUAGCUAUUAUAACACUAUUUCUUGUUUUCUUUCUUAAGACAUUAAGUAUUUUUUUCAGGCCCUAGCUCCCAACUCAACUGUCUUCCUCUGGGCUUGUCUGUGACACCCUCUCCCCAAACCUCUGCACACAGC